GAGGCUGAGGCUGUUUAUAAUACAAACAUUAUUAAUUUUAUUAUUAUAAAUUUGGAAAUAGGAAAGUGAAUUGUAGCCAUGGAAAUUAAAAGCAAAACAUCUCAACUUAGUAGUAGUGAAACAAUAAUAACAAGUGAGAGAACAAAAGAUGGCUAUGAAUUCAAGAGCAAUAAUCACUUGUGUUUACCAAAACCCUUCUUCUACACCACCACCAAUUCCAAUACCAUCUUCCAUACCAAAUAAACACACUCAUCAACACUUAAUUAAGCUUCAUUCUUCUUCUUCUUCUUCUUCUUCUUCUUACUCAUUUAGAACACUUGCCCACUCAUCUCGAGGAUCUGAAACUGAAACUGAAACUACAGAGCAAGAACCACCAUCUCCUACUAAUUCCUUUUCAGGUCCUUUGAACUCUGCUCGUUCACAACUUGAUCUUUUGGAGCAACUUUCCUCUACUACUAGCCCAUCAGGUUACGAGAGUGAUGGUAAGACUGGGAAGCUAAGCAUCCGCGAUCAACUUGUCGAACUUGUUCGGGACAGAGAUGGUGAUUUCAGCAUACCAUUGGGUAAGAAUUUGAAGAAAGUGAGUGCAAAGUUCUUAACCAUUUCACAGAAGAGAAAUAUCAAAAGACAAACUUACAUGAAUGAAGUUUCUCAAAGGAAUGACUCUGUUUUCUUUGCCACAAUUGGUGCCUUUGUAAUCCUUCCCCCUAUUAUAAUAUUGGGUAUUGCUAUUGCAACUGGUUAUGUGCAGCUUUUUCCUUAAUUGUCAAAAUUUUACAUUUAAUAUGUAUAUAAGGAUAAGAAUUAUUAGGUUGUUAAUGGUUGUUGUUACAUUAGUCUAAAA